UCGCUGUCAUUCGUCUGCCAGGUUGUCCAAAGUCUCAACGCAAAGCCGGGAAAAUGCAGUUCCUAGGCGUUUCUGUAAUUUUCGUUUUAUAUUUAUCCUGUGUAUCUGGUCUAUACUUUCACAUUGCCGAAACGGAAAGAAAAUGUUUCAUCGAAGAAAUUCCGGAUGAGACUAUGGUCAUUGGAAAUUAUAAGGUUCAGUUGUAUGAUCCUCGUACUGGUGGUUUUAUGCCCUCAAGCCCUGGAAUUGGAAUGCAUGUCGAAGUUAAAGAUCCAGAUGACAAAGUCGUCUUAUCCAGGGUGUACAGUUCUGAAGGAAGAUUUACCUUCACAUCACACACACCAGGAGAACAUAUCAUUUGUUUGUACUCAAAUAGCACCAAAUGGUUUUCUGGUACACAGUUGAGAGUUCAUUUGGAUAUUCAUGUUGGAGAACAAACAAUGGAUUAUGCUGGCAUUGCACAAAAAGAAAAGUUGACCGAACUUCAACUACGUGUGCGCCAACUACUCGCCCAAGUUGACCAGAUCAAUAAAGAGCAAAACUACCAACGUAUUCGCGAGGAGCGGUUCCGACAGACAAGCGAGAGCACUAAUCAACGAGUUCUCUGGUGGUCGUUGACUCAAACGGCCAUUCUCCUGGUGAUGGGUGCUUGGCAGAUGAGACAUCUCAAGAAAUUUUUCGAAGCCAAGAAACUCGUCUAAAACGAGAAAUCUGAUUGUGCUGUCCGUCUAUUUCGGUUUCUUAUCUCGUCUAUCUUUUUUUUUCAUUUUUUUUUUCUACGACUGACUUUGUAAUGGCUAAGAAUAUGAUGAUGGAAUAAAAGUUGAUACCACUGUUUUCUCUCA